AUGAGUAAUAACGAAAGUGUACAACCUAUCUAGGCGUGGAGGUUCUGUUGAUCCCUGUCAUUCAUAAAUCCUUGAAAAAAAAAUCUGCAACACCCCGAAAGAGCCCGAAAAAUAAUUUAAAUAAAUUCCUAAAUGUCGAGGACGUGAACAGCUGAUCGAAAAGCACCUGCAACAGUUGGUCGAAGACCCAGAGGAUCAUCCCUGUUUUCAUACAAUCAUCCUGUUGUUCGCAUUAAUUAACAAUAAUUAUAAUGAACAACAUCGGGAGUACGAAGGGACUGGUAGCCCUAGUCCUGCUAAUUUGUUUUAUACAACAAGGUUUUUCUAUCAAGUGCUGGGUGUGCAGAUCAGAUCGUGAUCCAAAGUGUGCUGAUCCUUUUGACAAUACCACAGUACCAAUUACCGAUUGCAGCACGCAGGAUAGACUAGAGCAUUUGCCUGAUGUUAAACCCACCAUGUGCCGGAAAAUUCGUCAGAAAGUUUAUGGGCAGUGGACGUACUUCAGAAGCUGUGCCUACCUGGGAGAGCCUGGACUAGACCGUGACGAACGUUUCUGCCUGAUGAGGACAGGUUCGUACAAUAUUUUCAUGGAAUACUGCACGUGCAAUACCAAGGACGGAUGCAACUCAGGAACAAGCUUCAGCAUUUCGUGGUUAACAACAGCAAUAGCUGGGGUACUGGCGAUAGCUUCCAGUCUACUGAUACUCUGAAUCACCAAAAGAAUCACCCAUCCACAAAUCCAAGAUAAAAAUCAAGAAUUGUGUUCCCUAGAUUUGAAUUUCUGGUGCCUUAAUUCAAGGGAAUCGUCAAGAAUCUCAUACUGACAUUCAUUACAUUAAUCUAAAUGUUGUAUAGACACUUUAAGAUCGAGUAGUACAAAUCUACAAUCAUCUGAAAUAUUUUGAGACAGCAGGUGUUAAAUGGAGUGAGAUUUUGGGGGAUAUCUCAAAUUUUAGAGAUAUUUUCUGAAAUUCCUGACGUUAAAUCGUUUGUUCCUCGAUUGAGACUGUCCCACGCCGUCCGACGUAGCUUAACAGUGUAAUUAAUUCGUUUUUAUAAAAUUAUAUAUAUUCUUCGCGUGAACGAAUAUUCGAAUUAUUAUUAAUGGAACCGACUUAAGCAAACGAUUUUAAUAUUCAUAUUGUUGAGUGGGCCAUGUCAAUCUCGAAGUUUCCUUCAUUUUUAUUCCCUUCAACGAUUGAAUGG